AUGUUCUUCGAAGAGGAAGGUCAUAAAAACAUAAGCUUCUUUGCAGAUCAAUUACCAUUUGCUGAUGGUUUGAUACUGUUCCUGAGUUUGAUCGAUCAAGGUUCAGAAUUAUCAAAUAUUUUGGAAGAUGCUGUGAAGCGUCUGCAGCUGACGCGCACGAAGUCCAACAUCUGUAUCCUGGGCAUUGGAGGCAACGUAGUCAGUAAAGCACUUGGUAAAGUAGAACUCAGAUUGUUUUCAUUAUAUUCUGACUCCAGCGUCGAUGUGGUGCUCUACAUCUUGCCUAGAGUAACAGCUCCACUACCAUCUUUUCAAUGUAAGACAAGAUCGUGGCUGCAUAUGGAGUUUCUGGAGUUAGCUGACCCCCAUUUCUAUCUGCCACGAGACAUAGACUUGCUACUAGGCACUGAAUGCUAUUCAGCUAUAAUCACCUCAGAUUUGCUCAGAGGUUCUUUAUCCGAACCUAUCGCUCAACAAGAGGUCCCUUCAAAGUCAAGCUCGCAGCUUACACCAGAGGAACAGGAGUGUGAGGAACACUUCGUGCGAGCUCACUCUCGGGAUAGAACCGGAAGAUACGUGGUGAAACUUCCUCUGAAGCAAUCUCCAUCUCUGCUGGGCAACUCAGUCAACCGUGCUCGUAAAUGCUUCGAUCACACAGUGGCCAGGCUUAGAACAGACGACAAGUACGACAAGCUCUAUACAGAUUUCAUGAAUGAAUAUUUGAGUCUUGACCAUAUGCGACCGGUGCCUACAGAUGAGCUCAACAUCAAGCCUCAUUUUUAUCUGCCUCAUCACGGCGUAUUGAAGGAAGAUGGAGACAACGCCAAAAUCAGGAUGGUUUUCAAUGGAUCAGCCCUCACUUCCUUUGGAAAUUUACUCAACAGCAUAACUCACACGGGAUCUAAUCUACUGCCCAACAUAACAGAUAUACUCUUCUGGUUACGCACAUUCAAAUGGACUUUUUCUGUGGACAUCUCCAAGAUGUAUCGUCAGAUCAAGGUUCAUCCAGACGAUUGGGAUCUUCAGCAAAUCAUCUGGCAUAUCAAAACUCACGAGGAAGCUCACUUCCAGCUCACCACCGUGACCUACAGGAAGAGGCCUGCUCCAUUUCUGGCCACACGCUCACUGCUGCAGCUGGUGAAGGAUAAAGGGCACCGUUACCCCCAGGCGGCCCGGAUUCUCACCAGUGGCAGAUAUGUGGACGACAUUUUUGGUGGAGCGGACACUGACUCCAGAUGA